CUUGCCAUCCAAGAUACCGUGUUCGUACGGAAUCACCGGAGGAGUACGGUGUGGAUUUCUCUCCUCUGCACAAAACUUAGGGUUUUCUUUGGGUUCCACCGCAAUCGCACGUCUAUUUCCUUCAUGGCGACUCCUGAUACCUACGACACUGAUAAGGAAGAAAAAGACCAAAGGUUAUCAUCAACAAAUGCCGAAAACCUCGCAAAUGAUCCUUCGCCGGAAAACAAAAACAACCGUAGCGACAAAUUAGCGAAAUCUGUGAAUGAACUCAACGACCUCUCAAUCGCCAUACAAGUUUUCAAAAACAGGUACGAUGAACUGCAGAAGCAUCUCGAUUUUAUUGAUCAAGCUAUCGAUACAAGGACGAAAGAGCUUCAAGCAUUAGGGUCCAACACCGUACAGAAUGCACAAGGAGCCAUUGAAAACUGUACCGUUCAACCGGACGUUAAAUCAGGUCCAAAUCCGAAACCGAAAACCGAGGCCGAAGGCAAAGAAAAAGAGGAAGAAGAAGAAAACGAGCUUGUUUCGCUUUGCCAAACGAUGUGUAGCCGUGGCCUUCGUAAAUAUGUUCUGUCGCAUCUAUCUGAAACGGCGUCACUUCGGGAGCAAGUCCCUGUGGCUCUGAAGAGUGCACCAAAACCGUCGAAACUGGUGUUCGAAUGCAUUGGACGGUUUUUUCUUCAAGGUAGCAAAGCGUACACAAAGGACUCACCCAUGAUUCCUGCGAGGCAAGCUUCGGUUCUGGUUUUGGAGUACUAUUUGAUGUCUGGUUGUGUUGAUAAUGAGGCAGAAGAGGACCCUUCGCUGAAGAAAGAAGCAGACUCAGCCGCGGUUGCGUGGAGGAAGAGACUCGUUGUUGAGGGUGGUUUGGCCAAGGCCUCUGAGGUUGAUGCCAGAGGUUUGAUUCUUUUCAUUGCUUGCUUUGGGAUUCCUGUUGUUUUCAGGGACGAGGAUAUAUGCAACUUGGUUCGUGUGAGCAAUGCUAGAGAGAUUUCGCAUGCCAUACGCCAGUCUCAGGCCCUGUUUAAGAGGGUUUCAGAUAUUGCAGAUGGGAUGAUAAAAAAGGGCAUGACUGUUGAAGCAGUUGAUUUAGCUUAUACCUUUGGGUUUGAAGAGAAACUUUCUCAUCAGACGGCACUGACUUCAUUUCUACAUAAAUAUGAAGAAACUUGGAAAAAGGCCAAAGAAGAUGCACGUGAUUGUUCGAAUAUGCAGGAGGCAGAUGAAAAAUAUUUAGCUGCUUUGACAUCUGUGGUUAAUUGUUUGGAACGUCACAAGAUUGACUAUAUAAAACUUUUUCCUGGGUGGCAACUUAAGGACAAAAUUACGGUCUUGAAGAAAGAUAUUAGUGAUACCAAUAAAAAAAUUGAAGAGAAGUCGGUCCAGAAGAGAAAAGUUGAUAAAAGCAAUUCAUCAAACAAAAAGAAAAUUCCAGAGGUAAAACGAACGAGGUUCACUAUGAAAGAUCCCCCUAUGGCAUCACCUUCAGUCACCACUUUGAAAGAGCAAAGGAUUGUUAGUCAUAUGGAUGGAAAUAGCUCAUACGAUGGUUUGUUGUCAGCACAUUUGUUGGAUAGUAGAACCUAUGGCUACCCAACUAAUUAUCCCACUCUAGCACCUGUACAGAUUGGAUCUGUUUCAGGGUCUUUAACAGAAAGUUUUCUUAGAAAUACAGCAGUAAAUGAGGCUAAUGUGCUUGGAGGAACUUUGGCUGGUUCAUCUUCCGGUUAUCAAGGUGAUAUGAUAAGAGAGAAUGUUGGGACAAUGCUGAACAGGAACAGUCAUGUGUAUAAAUGGCAUGGAAUAGGAGAAAGGGCAUUAUCUAAAUCAGUUGGGCAUAGUUUUGAGGGACAUCCUACCUUGUAUGGGAGAACAUCUAUAGAAAGUUUUGCAGGCUUUCCAGAUCAUCUCUCUAUCGGUGCUACUAAUACUAAUCGCAGCGGUAGAGGUUCUGAUUUGUAUAGCUUUGCGGAUGCUGUAUUUGAUGUCUAGUCUAGGGCAGUAAGUAUUCUCCAAAUUAUUUAGUUUGAUUAGCUAAAAGCAAACAAGUUGUACACUAAUAAAUUUCAUUUCUCAAAAAUUUGUGACAACAGAUUUAGACAACAGUUUCAGUGGUUAGAUUUUUUUUAUUAAAACUUGGUUUUGAAGUAGUGGAGAAGGGAAAUUUCUUUGUAACUGAGGCUGCUGGAUUAAUCUUGAGUUUUCAAAUUUUAUUUUUAAAUAAAAUUUGUUUU